CCACAACCAUCUUCUCACUCUCUCGCUCUCGCCUCUCUUCUCCUUCUUCUGGUUCGUUAACCCUAAAUCUCUCUCAUUUCUUGCAGUUCUUCAUCUUCAUCAUCUAACUGGCUUUGCCAUGCUAGCCCUAAAUCGAGGCUUGGUUUCUCGACUGCAACUAUUCGCCGUCGAUUCACCCUCGCCGCUGCGCUUUCUCAGGGGAUUCAGCUCCGAUGUGGAGACGACGACGACGACGGCUAGUCGGAUAAUUGUACCAAAGCCUGGUGUGAUGACCCCGGAGUCGAAGCGAACUGGGAUUAUAGCUGUCAAGUGUGGGAUGACUGCACUUUGGGACAAAUGGGGUGCCAGGAUUCCGAUCUCUGUGCUUUGGGUUGAUGAUAACAUUGUCUCUCAGGUUAAGACCCCUGAGAAGGAAGGAAUCUGUGCUUUACAGAUUGGUUGUGGACAGAAGAAGGAGAAACAUUUGACCAAGCCUGAAGUGGGUCAUUUUCGGGCUCAUGAUGUUCCUCUGAAGAGGAAGCUAAGGGAGUUCCCUGUGACAGAGGAUGCACUUAUCCCUGUAGGUACAUCGCUUAAUGUUCGCCAUUUUGUUCCAGGUCAAUAUGUUGAUAUCGCAGGAAUCACAAAAGGAAAAGGUUUUCAGGGUGGGAUGAAGCGGCAUAAUUUUGCUGGAGGGCCAGCAUCCCAUGGUGCAUCAAAAUCUCAUCGAAAGCUUGGUUCUACAGGUCAAAGGGAUGCUCCUGGAAGGGUUUUUAAAAAUAGAAAGAUGCCCGGGCGAAUGGGAGGUGUACAAAGGACAGUUAAAAAUGUAUGGAUCUACAAAAUUGAUCCAGCAAGGAAUUUGAUGUGGGUGAAAGGCCAGGUCCCGGGAGCUACAGGGAACUUUGUUUUCAUAACAGAUGCUGUCUAUGAAAAACCUGACAUAUCUAUACUUCCUUUUCCAACUUACUUUGUCCCAGAAGAUGAAGAUAUAGAUAAUAUGAAACCUUUGGUUGCUGAUCUUGGGGAUGUAGAUCCAUUUAUGAUUACCGAUUAAAGAGAUAGUGAAGAAACUUGGUUCUUCGUGCUAGGUUUGCUUCCUGCAGUCAUGUUUUUUUUUUCCUGAUAAUGCAGUCCUGUUCUUUUAUUUGAAUAUGGAUGGCAGCAUUAGAUUUUUAAGGAUCCACCCAAGGAUGAUUUCUUACUUGAGUUUCUUACCACAACUUUAGGGUUGCUUGUGUAAUUUGACAAUUCUAAAUUUAGAUUGGGUACCAUGCCUGUUUUGGAUCCUACAAAUAAGUGGAGAUGUGGAAUUAACGAGUCAUGAUAACUUAUUCUAAUCGAACCUUUUCCUUUUUUGAGCCAA